CGCUGGCGGGCGCCGGCGGCCGCGACCGCGGUCCCGGCGCCGGCAGGGGCGGCGAUGGCGGCGCCGGCGGCGGGGGGCGCGGGGCGCGCCCCGACGGAGCGGCCCGCCGUGCCGGUGCGGCGCGGCGCAGACCCCCCGCUCCCUCCGCCUCGCUCCGAGGGGGCGGAGGGCAGGGCAGGGCGGGGGCUGGCCGGCUGCUGCCCCACGCGGCGCCCGGGCUGGCGGCGCCCCCGGCGCGCUCCCCGCGCACUCCGUGCCCCUCUGUCAUGCUCGCCGCCUGGGAGCGGGCGGCGGGCUCCUGCGCCGGCAGCCGCGCCGCCGAGCCCGCGCCGCCGGCGGCGUCCUCGCCGCCCGCCGCCGACCCCCGUCCCCGCGGGCGGCGCGGCGGGGCGCGGCGGAACGCGGGCGGCGCUGCCCGCCGCCGGGGGCUGGCUGCCGCCGCGGCGAGCGGCGGGUGGCGGCGGGCGGCGAUGGGCACGGCGGCCGUGCACCUCCUCCUGCUGCUGGGGCUGCUCCACGCCGGGCCCGGCGGCGAGGGCAGGAAGGGCUGGCGGCGGCGGGGCCCGGCGGUCCGCGAGCGCGGCGAGGCGGCGGCGGCCGAGAGCUUCCCGCUGGACUUCACCGCCGUGGAGGGCAACAUGGACAGCUUCAUGGCGCAGGUCAAGAGCCUGGCGCAGUCGCUGUACCCCUGCUCGGCCCAGGCGCUGCCGCACGACCUGCGCCUGCACCUCCUGCACAACGCCUCGGUCACCUGCAACGACGGCAGCCCGGCCGGCUACUACCUCAAGGAGUCCAAGGGCAGCCGGCGGUGGCUGCUGUUCCUGGAAGGAGGGUGGUACUGCUUCAACAGGGAGAACUGCGACACCCGCUACGACACCAUGCGGAGGCUCAUGAGCUCCCGGGAGUGGCCCGCGACACGAGUGGGAACCGGGAUCCUGUCAUCUCAACCAGAAGAAAAUCCGCACUGGUGGAAUGCAAACAUGGUAUUCAUCCCUUAUUGCUCAAGUGAUGUUUGGAGUGGUGCCUCUUCCAAGUCUGAGAAAAAUGAAUAUGCCUUCAUGGGAGCACUGAUCAUUCAGGAGGUUAUAAAGGAGCUGGUGGGAAAAGGUCUUAGCACUGCAAAAGUGUUGCUGCUAGCAGGGAGCAGUGCUGGAGGGACAGGAGUGCUCCUGAAUGUGGAUCGAGUGGCAGAGCAGCUGGAGGAAAUGGGUUAUCAAGGGAUUCAGGUUCGAGGCUUGGCAGACUCUGGAUGGUUCCUGGAUAAUAAACAGUAUCGCAGAACUGACUGUAUUGAUACCAUAACGUGUGCUCCCACAGAAGCCAUCAGAAGAGGAAUAAGGUAUUGGAAUGGUAUUGUUCCUGAACGCUGUAAGCUGCAGUUUAAAGAAGGAGAGGAAUGGAAUUGCUUUUUUGGAUACAAGAUUUACCCCACUCUUCGAUGUCCAGUCUUUGUUGUCCAGUGGCUCUUUGAUGAGGCCCAGCUCACUGUAGACAAUGUACACCUCACUGGCCAGCCUGUUCAGGAAGGGCAGUGGCUCUACAUCCAGAAUCUGGGUAGGGAGCUGAGAAACACCUUGAAGGACGUGACCGCUAGCUUUGCUCCUGCCUGUUUGUCUCAUGAGAUCAUUACACGCAAUCACUGGACAGACAUCCAGGUGAAGGGGACGUCAUUACCUCGUGCCCUGCACUGUUGGGAUCGGAGCCUACAUGAGAGCAACAAAAAUGGGAAGGCCCCUCUGAAAGGCUGCCCGAUCCAUCUGAUUGACAGCUGUCCAUGGCCUCACUGCAACCCCUCGUGCCCCACUAUCAGGGACCAGUUCACAGGGCAGGAGAUGAAUGUGAUCCAGUUCCUCAUGCACAUGGGUUUUGAUGUUCAGAAGAUGGCACAGCAACAGGGCCUGGAGCCCAGUAAACUUCUGGGGAUGCUCAGCAGUGGUAACUAGGCAGGGGUCUUCAGAGGGGCAGAGAGAUUAGAUCAGGAGGAGACUCUAAGCCCUUCUCCCACGCUUUCUAAUCUUCCUUACGCUCAUGCAGGCAGAUGCACGCUCACACCCAUGCAUGCUCAAACCUGUACACACCCAUGUGCUCCUACACUCUUGCACACUUAGGAUGUGUCUGUCAAGAGGAAAAAAAAAAAAAGGCAAUUUCUUGCUUACACUAUUUGACUGGAACACGUUACCUCCAGCCCCCAGGGCUCAGUUUUGGCCAUUCACAUCCUCUUCCUGUGUCACAACAAGGCAACCUGAUACAGGGAGUAGCAAAGCCACAAAUAGCAGCAAUGAGAACCUUCCCCAGAUCUAGGACUUCUUCCCUUGCCAUGAUUUUUACAUCAUAGACUUGAUACAAGCGGUGAAAAAAGCAAGCACUGGAUUUCUUUUGUCCAACUAGAAGUGAAGGAAUGAUUACAUGACUUCCUGGAGGUCAGCAUCUCAUGAUGAGUCAAAACAAACAAACCCAGGACACGUGCUAGGGAUGGACACUCUUGUACUCAAUUUACUUUCGUAUUAUUUUAUAAAGUGACUUUUUUAUUACUUUUUUUAAACUAAGCAAGAAAUAUAAAUGAUAUUGUUUUGUAACAUAUUUUUUUUAAAUAACGAAGAAACCUCUUGCUACUUUGGCAACGUGGACAUAUUUAUUUUAAUAUGUAAAACGCUAUUUAUAUGGGCUGACCAGAGAACCAUACGUAUGUCUUUGUAAAAUUGUAUAUGCUGCUCAUUUGGAUGAGUUAUCCUUAUGAUCACUUGUGCCUGGGAGAGGGCUGAGGGUGGUAUUGACAUUUUAUAAUAAUUAGACUUCUGUGUUCCCCUUGCAGUACGCUUGGUCAUUGUUGCUCUGAUGAGAGGUUGUAAUAUGAGGUGUAACUACAGAGAUUUUCACCCAGCAUCUGAUGUUUGCAUACUUGCACAGCAUUUUCAGCUUGACUCUGAUUUGCCAGGUGUUCCAGGGUGUUGCAUUUUAAGAUGCAGGGAGAUCUGUUUUUGCAGCAAAGGCCUCUCUGUUCUAGUGAGAGAAGUGUUUGAUCAGCCCGUCUGGCCUGUCUUUAAAUGGGGAGCAUUUGGAACAUGAAAGGCAGAGAACACGAGACAAGCACCAACAUAUUUCUGUUCUUCUAAUCAUUUGCGAACACACCCAGCUCAGAACGUAGAGAAUCCCCUUUGAUGGGAACGGGAGGAGGACGAGGGAGGGAUCAGGAAUGUGUGACUGAAGCUGGAGAGGGCGAGAGACCAUUCCUUAGGGGGGAGAGCACACAGGCAGUUGCAGAAAGCUUUAUACUGUAGCGUACUGCAGCUGGUGCAGACAAACCUGCACGAGGAGCAUAAUUUACAUUCGUUCUGCACAAGUUCUUGAUGCUGACUUUGCAUUUGCUUGCACUUGUGUAAAUAGUUACACAAUGUGUGGGCCACAGAAAAUGAGGGCCUAAUUUUAGAAAAAUUCCCUGCACUUUGAAGAUGGGUCUUUCUAGGUUAAAACGGUAGUGCUGUUUGUAAGAUCCAUUGUCAUACGUGAGUAAACCCAAAAAUGAACGAAACCGCAGCCGUUUGGUUACUUUUCAUGGACCUGCAGAUAGUCAGGCAGUCCCACACAGGAAAUCGGCCGUCCUGCUGCGCAAGAUGGGUUUAGUACACAUUUAAGAUAAAAAAACUAGCUAAAGAGAAAAUGAAUGGUGCUCCCAGCAGAAGUGAAAUGCAGGAAAACUAUCAGUGGAGUUUCCCUAUGAUCAGUCUAGGGAUUACUGAUAUUCUUUAUGUUUUAAUGACUUGGGUAUAAAAGUAAAAUUGUUCUGAUCACGUUUUUCAUGGCACUAAGUUGAGAGGCUUCUUCAGUACAGGCAACAUUUGGAAAAGCAUACAGGAAGAUGGGAUUCCUUUGAAGGCUGGAGGUACACGGAGUCAGUCAAAGUGCUGGUACCUGGGCAGUAGCCAGAACUUCUGCUGUGCGCUAGUUCAUCAGUUGGGAGCACCAAGGGAAACGGCUGUGCCUGUCAGCUGUUUGCAGGAUGGCUAUCUGCAAGGUGAUGCACCUGUAGAUACGGCACAUGCCCUAGGCUGUCCAGUGAUGUAUUUCUACCAGGAAACAGUAAAGUAUAAAUACUACUGUUGGAAGUUUGGAAUACUCCUUGCAGAGCUGAUUACCUGUGUAUCUAAAACAUUAAUUCAAAGGUUAAUUUCUAAAAGGCAAAAAAUGUUCAGAGGGGAUAUUUUCCUUGUAAGCACAGGAAGAAAUCCCUGGGAGUCAGGGAUUGCUCUUUUAGUGUGGUGUGCCUCUGCAACAGUCUUUUAAUGUGUAACAGGGAGAAGCCUCAGAAAUAUUUUUAAAGGGGGUCUUGGCUAAUUUAUUAGAAAAAUUAUAUAAUGUGGUUGCAAGUCAUAGCUGGAAACGAGUCUGUAAACCGGGAAGUCAUUUCCAGCUCUAUACUUCUUGUAUUUGUGCAAUAAAUAUAAUUUUCCCAAGCCUUUGUAAAGCUGGCACUUCCAAGUUCAUCCCCAGUGACAUCUGCUGUGUGGAAGCCAGUGGCAAAAAGGGCAAGACUGGAAGAAUUCAGUACUCUCAGAUCUGAUGACUAGAUGAGAUCCUUUACCUCUGAGAGGGAAAAGUUGUCUCCAGAAGCCUCACGUGAUUGAGCCAGGUUUAAAACGCAAAAUCUGGGAGCAGAAUGUACAGAUUUGCACUGCAGGACUACAGGUCCACACUUGGGCAUCGGGCAAUGAGCUGGAGGGUAGACCCUGUGCCUCCACUCACUACAGGAAUUGCUGCUAAUACACCGGGCCUGAGAGAAACUAACUCUUACCCAGAUAACCCGCUCUUUAGCCCUCACAGAGGAGGACUGCAGAUCUGAUCAAGUAACGCACACCAAACCCAGCCGCGAUACAGUGAAGCCUAUGGACAAUUACCUUCUGCCAGUCUUAACAGCUGGAGCUCUGUGCCGGACUCGGGGCAGCUGCAAGGAGGAAGCGCCACGCUGGAAAGGAAAGGCACAGGAGGGCUGCUCUGGGGAAAGGUGCCCCGUUCCUUGGACGAGCAACGUGGAGGCAGCAUCGUUACUGCGAAAACGCUGCGAGAGGGUGGUAGCAGCAGUGGGACAGCAUUGGAGCGUCCCCUUGCUCUGUGCUUGUGACGGCGUUGGUCCCCUGCUUGGCUGGGAGGUGAUGCAGCAGGUUACAGUGUGAGCAAUAGCACAGUGGGCUGUAAACUGUAAAAUCGCUCUCCUGCG